ACGGACCAAUCAGCGUCGCGGAGGAGGAGCGCGUCGGCCGCGUUCUACUUCCCUACAUUCAUUGGAGAGAGCGGAGCCUCGCAGCACAAACGGGCGGUGCAAACCCGCUUCCAUCAUCAUCAUCAUCACACUGGACCUGCAAAGAUCAGCCGUGAAAGAGCGUCGCAAGCCGCAUCGGCCAUUGACUGCACAUCAGCGCGGGCGUCGAGACUUCAGAUCCGCUGGAAAUGGCAGGGAUCCUGGCGUGGUUCUGGAACGAGAGGUUCUGGCUCCCGCACAACGUAACCUGGGCUGACUUGAAAAACACAGACGAGUCCACCUUUCCACAAGCCGAGGAUCUGUAUCUGGCGUGUCCUUUAGCAUUCUGCAUGUUUAUGAUCCGGCUGGUCUUUGAGAGGUUUAUUGCAAGGCCGUGUGCACUAGGUCUGAAAAUCCAGGCCAACGGGCCACAGAAAGCUCAGCCCAACGCCAUUCUGGAGAAGGUCUUCACUGCCAUCACCAAGCACCCCGAUGAGAAGAGGUUAGAGGGUCUGUCCAAGCAGCUGGACUGGGACGUGAGGACCAUCCAACGCUGGUUCAGACAACGACGCAACCAGGAGAAACCGAGCACGCUGGCGCGCUUCUGCGAGAGCAUGUGGAGGUUCACGUUUUACCUGUACAUAUUUACGUACGGUGUGCGCUUCCUGAAGAAGAGCCCGUGGCUGUGGAACACCCGAGAGUGCUGGUACAACUACCCCUAUCAGCCGUUAACCGUGGAUUUGCAUUACUUCUACAUACUGGAGCUGUCCUUCUAUCUGUCACUGCUCUUCUCGCAAUUCACAGACAUCAGAAGAAAGGACUUUCUCCUGAUGUUCCUGCAUCAUGUGGCCACCAUCUCUCUAAUCACCUUCUCAUAUGUGAAUAACAUGGUUCGGGUGGGAACGCUGGUCAUGUGCCUGCACGAUGCUGCCGACGUCCUGCUGGAGGCUGCUAAAAUGGCCAACUACGCCAAAUGCCAGAGACUCUGCAACGUCCUGUUUGUCAUGUUUGCCCUGGUGUUCAUCAGCUCCAGGCUGGGAGUGUAUCCUGUAUGGAUUUUAAACACCACUGUGUUUGAGAGCUGGGAGAUCGUCGGGCCGUACCCGUCGUGGUGGGUGUUUAACGUGCUGCUCGUCCUGCUGCAGGCCCUGCACACCUUCUGGUCGUAUCUCAUAGUGCGCAUCGCCUGCAGGGCCAUCUCCAGAGGAAAGGCGGGAAAAUGGAAUCCUUUACAUGUGUCAAAGGAUGACCGCAGUGACAUUGAGUCCAGCUCUGAUGAAGACGAGGUUCUUCCUCCUCCUCAGAAACACCACACUAACGGGACCAACGGCGCCCACGGCACCAACGGCUACCUGUCCUCGUCCCCAUGCCCAGACGAACACUAACUGUCCGCCCAGCGUAGAGGACGUUUCACUGGGCCCCAGCUGCAUCACUCUCCGUUGUGUGAAAUCAUGUAUGAACAUUACCGGUCCCGAACUGGAACUUCUCAAUAAUGUGAAUGCGGUUCUGUUUCGGUUGGUCGCUUUUCACCAUUUCCCCCAGAUGUUUUGUGUUCCAUUCGUUGGCUUUUGUUUUUGUGGUGGUUUAUUCUGCGACAUUCGUUAUAGAAGCACCUUUUAGAUUCAGUGCGGCUCACUCUUUUCUUUUGAGCAAGUGAAUGAAAGCGCCGUUCUUUCAUAAUCACGUGAGCAUGCUGCUGCGGUCAUGUAUUCUGGCAUCAUGGGAACAGUAGUUUUCUUGGAUUAGUGUUAUUUUCUAUUUAUUAAUUUUUGUAUCUUUAAUAAAUUUGCAUUUCUCUGUUUGUUUGGUUUUUUAACAUACAUUCCACUUUUCCACGACAAGAUGUUGGUGCUGGAGCUGGUGCCCAGUGUAGAACCGCUCUGGGUGCGUUUCCUAAAAGCAUUAUUAGCCAACUAUGGUCACAAGGUCCAACAAAUAUAUGCAAAACGCAUCGCAAAGUUGUGUUGUUGGAACCUCAGCUGUCCACCUGUAGUUAAACGCAUUUAUCCGCUAACAUAAAAAUGUUCAAUGAACGUUUUGCUAACAAUUCCAUUAAGUUAUAAAAACAGUCUCUGAAUGUUCAAAGUGUAGUUUUUUAAAUGUUUUAACGUUAAUGUUUUUUUUAAGGUUAACAUUUUUUCUUGGUUUCGCGAACGUUACUAGAACAUUUAAUUUUAUAAUUGUCAAACAUUAUGGGAACGUUAUGAAAAAGGAGAAUCCAAGGCACUCUUCUUCAAAAUUAUUUUAAAAGCCUUUAUUUUACUGGCUAUUUCAUAUUAGAAAAUAUAAAAGACAUGGGAAAAAAAAAAUCUGGGAACGUUACUUUUAAAUGUACAUUUAAAAAAACGUUAAGACAAGCAUCCAAAAACAUUUCCCAAAACAUACCAUAUGCAAGCACAGUAUGUGAAUGUCAAAUACUUUUUUGUGCAUUCCAAAAGAAAUUGUGAUUCAAAGCACAAUAUUUUGAGCAAAAUCUUGCAAGUUGAAGCAAGUUAGUUGAACCGUUUUAAUUAGCUAGCUACUCAAACAACACUGACAGGUUACUAGUACCGACAUCAGUAACUUCUCAUAACUUUAACUACAUUCUGGCAAACUUCUGUCAAAUGUUAUGAACAAACAUUAUUCCAGUAAAUAGAAUGUUUAUUCAAAGUUAUUUGAUCUUUAAUAAUGUCAGCAAAAAUGCUUAUACCAUGAUGAUAUACCAUUCAUGAUCCCCCCCCACCCCCCCAUCGGAUAUUCAUUCAAGGUUUUUUUUAAUGGUAUUUGUUUCAGAACGUUCAACGGUAAUGUUCCCAUAAUGUUUGCAAAAUUCUAAAAUGGACUGUUAAUGCUUGUAUAACCAAGAAAUAAAAACAUUUUACAUUUUGAAUGUUCAUAGAAAAUUAGAAAUUUCUUUUCAUAACUUGAAAGGUACAAAACAUUCUUAGAACAUAUUUUUGUUAGCUGGGUUUCUUGGCAGUUUGACUACUGAGAAUAACUUGUACUGCAUCGGCAAGUAUUCACUUCUGCAUUUGUAUUUGCAUAUAAUGUGUGUGGCCUUAAAUCUGCUGGUUUCAAAUAAGGAAAUGAUAACAUCAGAACAUCUAGUUUUGGUUAUCAUCAACAAAGCAGUCUAAACUGGAAAUGCUUAAUGUGGUGACUCGCAUUUAUCUUGUGAACACCCUGGUUUUAUUUUUGUGAUGUUGCAUGGCAACUUCAGAUUCUACAUUUAAACAGAGCGAUGCACUAUAAUUAUUGGUUACACUUUAUUUUCCACUUUAGACAUUCUACUAACUAUAAGUAACUUUGUAACUACAUGUCAGCUAAGUCUCAUUCAUUUGCAACUACAUGUCUGCCAACUCUCAGUAGGGUAGGUUUAGGGUUAGUAGAAUAAUUUGACAUAUACUUGCAAAGAUUCUUAUAGUCAGUAUGUUGUAAGUAAAGUGUUAGAAGAUAUUAAGCAGACAGUGUACUAAUACUCUAAUGACUGCUAGUUGACAUGUAGUUGCAAAGUUACUUACUGUUAGUAGAAUGUCUAAAGUGGACUAUCGAAAUAAAGUGUUACCUAAUUAUUUGUAGGAAGGUUAUGCAGUAACAAUCACUUACAUGAUUUAAAUUGAGAGAUUCAUAAAUUCUCCAGCUGAGCAUCAGCUCCGACACGAGCAACAGCGUCAAUUUCGUGGAAUGGAGUAACAGUGUUUUAAAAUGGUCAAUUUACUCAAAAUAAUCCUUUGUUCAAAUGAACUAGUGGUUUAUUACGAAUCAAUGACAUUCCUUCACCAAACAUAUUUUCACAUGUACACUAUCAUUCAAAAGAUUGGGGUUGGUGAGAUGUUUUUGAAAGAAGUGUCUUCUGCUCAUCAAGGCUGCAUUUAUUUGAUCAAAAAUACAGUAAAAAGUAUUAAUACAGUGAGAUAUUAUUACAAUUUAAAAUAACUGUUCUCUAUUUGAUUAUAUUUUAAAAUGUAAUGUAUGUAAAAUAUGAAUUUUCAGCAUCAUUACUCCAGUCUUCAGUGUCACAUGAUCCUUCAGAAAUCAUUCUAAUAUGCUGAUUUGCUGCUUAAGAAACAUUUCUUAUUAUCAAUGUUGAAAACAGUUGUGCUGCUUCGUAUUUUUGUGGAAAUACAUGUAGUGAUGCCUUUUUUCAGGAUUCUUUGAUGAAUAGAACGUAUAAAAAACAGCAUUUAUUUAAAAUAUAAAUAUUUUGUAACAUUAUAAAUGUCAUUUUUGAUCAAUUUAAUGCAUCCUUGCUGAAUAAAAGUAUUAGUUUCUUUCAAAAUAAAAAUCUUUGGAAUGGUAGUGUACGUUGAUAAUGGGAAGCCUGUAUCAUUGUUUCGGUGCUGAAAAGAAAAGGGACACUUAUUGUGUAUUUUAUCGAGAAAUCUUGCCUGAAUUGGGAAAAACAUACUGUAUUCUGCUUCUUUUAAGGAAAGUGUUUUAGUAUAAAACUUGCACCUUUGGAAAGUGUUCGUGUUAUUUCCAGGAAAAAAAAAAAAAGGUAUUUCAAUGUGACUUUACUUAAAAGAAAUAGUGAAAUUUAUCAAGUGAUUACUGAUUAAUACCAUCAAGUCAGCAGGUAUAAAGAAUCUAAUGUCCCGUGAUUAUAUUUGAUUAUCAGUUCUCACUGAAUCCCAGUCAUAUUUCAAAAUAGGUUCGGUUUUAUUAUUGUGCUCACACUUCAGAAAAUAGGUACAUAUGAGAUUAUGAAAUAUAUCAAACUAUCACACUGUUUGAAUGAACAUACUUACAUGCACUUUGAUGAAUAAGUGGCACCAAACACUGGUCUUAUUUCUUAUUGUUAUGUUGUCUGUUUUUUUAAUUAGCUUUUUUGAGUUUGGAAUAAAAGAUUCUUCCUGUUUUCCUCAUGCAUUUGAUCAUCAUUCAGCCGAGCUUUAAUUAAAGCUUUUGAUUUGAGUGUUUUGAUGCUGUUUCUUUCAGUGUUGGGAAGGUCGCUGUGCUGUCUGUUUUGAGCUGGAGAAGCGCUACAGCUAAUUAGCCGUCAUCUUAUUUGCACUGCAGACAGGUUGCUGUGUUAUGUGGUUUACAUUUGAUGUCAAAAAGGUGAAGAUUUAAAAAAAUAAAAAACUGUAUUCUCUGCCUUUGCUGGAAAACUGAUCAUCAGCGGUACUAAUGAAUUAUGUUGCCAUGUAUUUUAAAUAAACACGA